ACGGCCCCCUGACGUCACAGGCGUCUCUGUGGGAACGGUCUGUGAUGUCACAGGCCGGCGCGGAGCAGCGCAGGGGGCGCAGACGCUGCCCCCCGCCGCCAUGCUCAUCAAGGAGUACCACAUCCUGCUGCCCAUGAGCCUGGAGGAGUACCAGGUGGCUCAGCUCUACAUGAUCCAGAAGAAGAGCCGGGAGGAGUCGAGCGGCGAGGGCAGCGGCGUGGAGAUCCUGGCCAACCGGCCCUACAGUGACGGCCCGGGGGGCAGCGGGCAGUACACCCACAAGAUCUACCACGUGGGCUCCCACAUCCCCAGCUGGUUUCGGGCCCUGCUGCCCAAGGCUGCCCUGCAGGUGGAGGAGGAGUCCUGGAACGCCUACCCUUACACCCGCACCAGGUACACCUGCCCCUUCGUAGAGAAGUUCUCCAUCGAGAUUGAGACUUACUACCGACCGGACUCCGGCCAGCAGACGAACGUCUUCAACUUGAGCGCGGCCGAGAAGAGGCAGAGGAUUUUGGACACGAUCGACAUUGUGCGAGACCCCAUCUCCCCUGGGGAGUACAAGCCUGAGGAGGACCCGAAGCUGUAUCACUCCGUGAAGACGGGCCGGGGCCCGCUGGGCGAUGACUGGCUGGAGGUGGCAGCUGGUGGGCCCCUAAUGUGCGCCUACAAGCUCUGCAAGGUGGAGUUUCGCUACUGGGGCAUGCAGUCCAAAAUUGAGCAAUUCAUCCAUGAUGUAGGCCUGCGCAAAGUGAUGCUCCGAGCGCACCGCCAGGCCUGGUGCUGGCAGGACGAAUGGACGGACCUGACCAUGGAGGACAUCCGGCAGCUGGAGGAGGAGACGGCCCGUAUGCUGGCGCAGAAGAUGGCCAAGUGCAGUGAGGCUGAGGAGACCCCUGCAGCCGGCCCCAGCACCGAGGGCCGCCUGGACCUAGGUGGUGCCAAUGGGCAGGACAGUGCUGAGCCGCAGGGGGCAUCUGAUGCCUCCCCCGAUGAUACCUUUGCUAAGCAAUGGUCCACGUCUUCCCGAUCAUCCUACUCUUCCCAGCAUGGAGGGGGGGUGUCUCCUCAGAGCCUGUCCGAGUGGCGCAUGCAGAACAUCGCACGGGACUCCGAGAACAGCUCCGAGGAGGAGUUCUUCGAUGCCCAUGAGGACCUGUCCGACAGCGACGAAGUCUUUGCGAAGGAGAUGACGAAGUGGAGCUCUAAUGACUUCCUGGACACGCUGGAGCGACCAGUGGAGCUGGACGAAGUGCUGGCGGAUGGAGCCAGCAGUGCCAAGGCAGAUAGCGAAGGACUAGCAGGGCCCGGCUUGCCUGAGGGUGGCUCGGUGGAGAGUGCGGCGCAGGCUUGUCGGAUCCACGCACUUUUCCUCAUCCUCCACAGCGGGAACAUCCUGGACCAGGGCGCGGGCGAGCCAGGCUCCAAGCAGGCUGACGUGCAGACGCUGGCUGCCACUUUUGAUGCUGUCACCCGCAUCCACUUCCCGGAGGCUCUGGGGCACGUGGCGCUGCGCCUGGUGUCCUGCCCACCCAUCUGUGCGGCUGCCUACGCCCUCGUCUCCAAACUCAGCCCGUACAGCCAUGACGGAGACAGCCUGUCCAGCAGCCAAGAUCACAUCCCACUGGCAGCCCUCCCGCUCCUGGCCACGUCCUCGGGGAGCUACCAGCAUGCCGUGGGUGCCGUUAUUGUUCGGGCCAACCAGGCUUACAGCGCCUUCCUGCACUCUGGGGAGGGGGCUGGUUUCUGUGGCCAGGUGGUGCUGAUCGGGGACUGCGUGGGAGGCAUCCUCGGCUUUGACGCGCUGUGCCAAAGCCGAGUGGGCUCAGGGGGCAGCCGGAGCAGCAGCCGCCGGGGCAGCCUGAACAUGGAGCCCAUCUCCCCUGAGCUGUGUGGCGGUAGAGACCCGUUGGCCGAAGGGGCAGACGGAGCAGGAGGAUCAGCCCAAGUCAGUCCAGAGCCAGGGGUGCAGCUGCCCUCCCGGGAGCCUGGGGACAGCCAGCACCACAGCUCCUUGUGCAGCCUACAGGCCAGCGAGCCCCCGCUGGAGGCAGAGGCACCACGGAGCAGUAGCUCAGCACUGGAUGGGGCUGAGGGCAGCAGCGCCCGCCUUGACUUUAAGGUAUCCGGCUUCUUCCUCUUUGGCUCUCCGCUGGGGCUGGUGCUAGCGCUACGCAAGACCGUCAUGCCUGCUAUGGAUGUGGCCCAGCUGCGUCCCGCCUGCGAGCAGAUCUACAACCUCUUCCAUGCGGCCGACCCCUGCGCCUCUCGCUUGGAGCCCCUCUUGGCCAAGGCCUUCCAUGCCGUACCGCCUCUCAGUGUGCCCCGUUACCAGAAGUACCCGCUGGGAGACGGCACCUCCUCACUGUUGGCGGAGGCCCUGCAGACACACUCUGCCCUCUUCUUGGCUGAGGUGGACGUGGCUGUCCCUACCACCCCCACGAGCAGUUUUGGAGGCUUUUGGAGAGGCAGUGAGCCAGGCGAGCCCCCCACUCCAGCCAGCACCAGCGAAGUCGUCAAGAUCCUGGAGCGCUGGUGGGGCCCGAAGCGCAUUGACUACUCGCUGUACUGCCCCGAUGCGCUGACUGCCUUCCCCACCAUCACCCUGCCUCACCUCUUCCAUGCCAGCUACUGGGAGUCCUCCGAUGUGGUGGCCUUCAUCUUGCGGCAGGUGAUUGAGAAGGAGGGACCAGAGCCAACAGAGAGUGAGGAGAGCUCUAUCUACAGCCCUGCUAUCCCCCGGGAGAAGUGGCAACGCAAGCGUACCCAAGUGAAGAUUCGGAACGUGACAGCCAACCACCGGGCCAGCGACACCAUUGUGUGUGAGGGCAAACCGCAGGUCCUCAGCGGGCGCUUCAUGUACGGACCCUUGGAUGUGGUGACGCUGACCGGGGAGAAGGUGGAUAUCUACAUCAUGACGCAGCCGCUGUCAGGGAAAUGGCUGCACUAUGGCACUGAGGUGACUAGUGGCAGCGGGCGCCUGACCUUCACCAUUCCUCCAGACAAGGCUCUUGCCAUCGGCAUAUACCCCGUGCGCAUGGUUGUAAGGGGCGAUCACAGCUACGCGGAGGCCUAUUUGACGGUGGUGGCACGGGGCACUGAAUCAGUUGUGUUCAGCAUCGAUGGCUCCUUCACAGCCAGCGUCUCUAUCAUGGGCAGCGACCCUAAAGUGCGGGCUGGGGCUGUCGAUGUUGUAAGGCACUGGCAGGACUCUGGCUACAUGAUCAUUUACGUGACGGGGCGUCCUGACAUGCAGAAGCACCGUGUGGUGGCCUGGCUCUCCCAGCACAAUUUCCCCCACGGCGCCGUCUCCUUCUGUGAUGGCCUCACCCACGACCCCCUGCGCCAGAAGGCGGCUUUCCUGCAGACUCUGCGGACUGAGGCAGAGAUCACCAUUGUCGCUGGCUAUGGCUCCACCAAGGACAUCUCUGUCUACAGCUCCCUGGGGCUUUCACCAGCACACAUCUACAUUGUGGGCCGGGCAGUGAAGAAGUUUCACAACCAGUGCCAGUUCCUCUCCGAAGGCUAUGUAGCCCACCUGGCCCAGCUGGAGACGGCAUCCCUAGCCCACUCCCCCAAAGGACCGCCGCGGCCUACGCUGGGCAAAGGCACCUACGGCUGCCCGGCGCCUGUUGACUUCCUGCGCAAGCAGAGUCAGCUGCUGCGGUCACGGGGGCCGAGCCAGGUGGAGCGCGACGGGGGUCCCCCGCCAGCACCUCCCAGCCUGCCCCGGGCCAAGCCCCGCAGCAUCAGCCUCAAGCUGGAGAGCGAGGAGUGAGCAUGGUGUGACCCCCGUCCCCCUGCCACGAGGCACCCACGGCCACAGCCUUGAUUUCCCAGCUAGGGGCACCUGGUGCCCGAGCCAGCGCCGCAUCCCACGGCAGGCCCAGAGCUGAUAUGAAGGAGAUGAGGGCACCGGGCCUGGAGAUCGCGGGGCCCUGGGAGAUGGCGCUCCGUGCCACCCCGGGGGCAGGAUCAACCCCCUUGGUGUUGAGCCACACUGGGUACUGCCUGCUGCCCCUCAGCUCUGCCCCCACGCUGAACACCUUCCCCCCUGGCCUCCCCAUCCUGCCUCCUGGCUCUUAGUGCCCCUGUUUUUCUGGGCUUGCGGGAGCUGCAGCUGGGCAGUGCCCUUUGGGCUUUGCCCCCUGGCCUUUCUCCCCAGCAUGGUCUGGGGAGCUGGUGCGCUGGCCCUGAGCCCUCUCCCAGGGCUUCUUCCUGCUGUGGCCCCUAGGGCCUGCCCUCCUGUGCCUGCACUUCCACCUUGGCAGGGGGGGCAGUGACCGGAGGGUUGUGGCUACACCCUGGGGGCCAGGGCUACCAUCCCUGUCCCCUGCACCCACUUAUUUAUUUCCUUUCGGUGUUGAGAGUUGUUGGGCAGGGGAAGGGCUGGGGUUAAAAACACGGUUCCUUUUUUCUGUUCGUUUUGUUGCGGUGUGAAAUAAAGCAAUGUAAAGAAGAGCA